UCUGUGGUUUCAUGUUAUUACUUUGCGGGUGAGCGUACUUUUCCGGAUUUUGAUUAGUUUCUUGUGUUAAGUUUUGUUGAAAUUGUUUAAAAUGACAACAGCUACAAAGCCACGUUCAGAGCUGUCUUUAGAGGAGAUCGCUAAAAUUGAGGAGGAGGAAUUUAGUACUGGCCCUCUUUCUGUCCUUACGCAGUCCGUAAAAAAUAAUACGCAAGUGCUAAUCAACUGUAGAAACAAUAAGAAGUUACUUGGUCGCGUGAAAGCUUUUGAUCGGCAUUGUAACAUGGUGCUUGAGAAUGUGAAAGAAAUGUGGACAGAAGUACCUAGAACAGGCAAGGGCAAGAAGGGAAAAGCAGUAAACAAAGACAGAUUUAUCUCAAAGAUGUUUCUCCGUGGCGACUCUGUUAUUCUAGUAUUAAGAAAUCCACUAGCAACUGCUGCAGGAAAAUAGCUUUUCAUACCUUUCCAAAAUUACCUUUAUUUUUUAUGCAAAAAUUAAACAUUGUUUUUUGUGGUGUAUCUAUUUUUAUUACCUUCUCAAAAAGUACAAUUUGGUUGU